GUGGAAGAAGGCCAAGGGACUACCCAAAGUGCCAAACCCACCCUCAUCCAAUGCGCCAUGGCUCCAAUCUUCUUGUCCAUUUAGCCCCUCCUUCUCACCCUCUCCCAACCAAAAACAAACCCACCUCUUCUUCUUCCUUCCCAUCUUUCUCAUGGAGGACCAAAGGGAAACUCACGACUUCAUGAACGUACAAUCCUUCUCUCAACUCCCAUUUAUCCGUCCCUCGCCUCUUAAAGACAAGGGUAUUCGUUUGUUCGGAAAGGAAUUCAGCAGCAGCGGUGGUGAGUUGGACUCGGCCGUGGAGGAUACAUCCAAGGAGAAUAAUGGAGAAAACAACAGAAGAUUCGAGUGCCAUUACUGUUGCAGAAACUUUCCGACCUCUCAAGCUUUAGGCGGUCACCAGAACGCACACAAAAGGGAGCGCCAACACGCCAAAGCAGCUCACCUUCACUCGGCAAUGGUGCACAGCUCUUUGUCCGACACCCAUCAUUAUGGACUCGUUAAUUACAGGCCAGCUUUGAGUUACCCUUCAUGGAACACUAGGUUUUAUGGCAACCAAACCCCGACCAUCAAUGGCAGCCCACUGGGACUGUGGAGGAUUCCUUCCACGCUUCAAAACAACCCCUCUAAUUUCAGUAGGGAACUCUCAUCAGCAUCGCAUCCGUUGCCUUUGAUUUCCGGUGGUGUAUUGAAGACACCGUCGCAGGUUGUUGCCGGUGGCGUCGGUUCAACUUCCCAGGACCGGUACGUUUAUGAGCCGAAGCCGAGAUUUCAAGAUCAUGUGAGUUUGGAUCUACGUCUGUAAUAAUUCAGUACUUAGAUUUAAAGCAUAAAAAUACAAUCUUUGUUCUACAAAUUGAGGCGAUUAUAUAUAAUUGCUAGCACACAAAU